CGAGCGUCAAACUGUAAUUCAAUUACCAGUUGUGCUCACUUUGCAAUCGUAUUUGGAUAUACAAGUUAAUAGGUAAAAUGAACUGCGAGGUGUGCCAACUCAAAGAACUGGAAGUGGAGCACUUUGAGAUACGGGAAGUUCUGCGAUGUAUUUUACACACAAUAUUAUUCCAUAGGGCAUUAGGACUGGUGCGGCCCAAAGAUGUUGAUUUGGAACUUUUUGAAAUUACAUAUGUGCAAUGUGGGGAUAUGGAACUUGAGAAGAAAAUAGAUGAGAAAAUUGAUCAGUUCAUUGACAAGGUAGAGAAACACCCCAACAAGAAAAAUCAGAUCUGUUUGUCUUUCUAUGAAGUGAAAAAUAAACAGACAUCAUGGUUCAAUAAAGUAGAACGCCUGCACUGGGAACAGUGGUAUAUAAAUUUGAAUGUGACACAGCAUCCUAAAGCACAUUCUGGCAAGGCUCAUCAUUCCAAAGUAGUUGUAGACCCAGGAGAAAGUCCAUCCGAGGAUAGAAAUGUGCACCGGGCAGCACUAGAAGCAACUCUUCGUGAGGUGUUGUUUCAGAUAAUCAAAUUCGUGAAUGAGAAGAAGGAUCAUGUUCCCCCAAUACCAAGUCAUGAGGGCAUCUCAUUUCCAUAUGAAAUCACUAUAUCAAGUUCAUCAGAUUCUGCAUUUGGGAAGGACCUGUUUAAGAGGAUGCUCCAGACUGGGCAUCCUACUAUGCUCAGCUGAUUAUCGAAGCUUUCAAGGUGGAACGCGAUUGUAUAUCCUCCUGAGGUAAAGUUGCUUCCGACUACUCAGAAUGGAUAUACUGUAUCCUGGUAACUCUCUGCAGAAGAUUAGCAUCCGAGAUGAGCAGAAGCAUUUGAUUCUGUUAAACUUGUUUAUGUGUACAUAUUUAUAAGCAUUUUCCUAGGGUAUUCCUCUGUUUCCAUUUUUUUACUUGCUCACUGUUCCUCUUGCUUUGGUCUCUUUUGGUGGUGCUUGGGUUUGCUCAUGAACUGCCUGAAUGCCAUGUCUUUUAUCAGUGAACACGAGAUUCAUGUUUCAUAUAUAUCCACAUUGCUUUUUUUUAGGGGUGGAACUUGAGCGGGCUAAUUCGAACCCAGCCUGAAAAAAUAUGGCUAAUCCGAACCCAACUUGUCAGUGUUGCACCCUUACGUUUUUCUUUUAUAUCCACAUUGUUUAUGGUAUGUAGUAACAUGGAUUGUCAG